AUGGGCAGGCCUUCGAUAUGGCUGUAUUACUACAUAGGUGCCUUGAAAGCCUUCGGCGAUACACACGCUGGUUGUGAGUUUCGAUGGCUCCUGGGGCAUUUGGCCGUCUUCUGGCCGCAACCCACUUUCAUGAAGAACGUCCGUAUAACGCACCAAUUUAUUCAACAUUAUGUGGAUGCUGCUCUUCAACGCGGAGGCUCACCAUCAUUCCGGGCGUCGAGCGUACCGAGCAUCCCACGAGUCUUGUUUAUCGACCAACUAACUCAACGGUCGCAGGAUCGAAAGAUCAUUCAAGAUGAGCUGACUACUCUCUACUUUGCUGGCACAGAUGCGCCGGCAGCGUUGCUUAGCAAUUUGUUUUUCGUACUAUCGAAGAAGCCAGCCGUAUGGGAUCGUUUGCGCACGGAAGUGAGGCCACUCGAGGGUAAAGCACCGAGCAUAGACCAGCUCAAAAAACUGCGCUAUGGUCGGUCAGCUGAUGCUUACCUAGUCCUUCGCCUUUACCCACCUCAGGCAUCCAAUUCGCGAAUUGCUGUGCAAGACACCAUCUUGCCCAAGGGGGGAGGGCCAGGCGGAGAAUCCCCAGUCUUCGUGAGAAAGGGGACCAUGGUCCACUUUUCCAUAUAUGCACUUCACCGUGACAAGGGUCUCUGGGGCCAUGAUGCCGAAGAGUUCCGUCCAGAACGGUGGGACUACGAGAGGCAAUCCUGGGUGCGGUCCCUUCUCUCCGUAACGCAAUCAAUACUGACUCGAGUUAAUACAGGGUUCGGCGGCUCAGCGGAUACUCGUCCUAGUGAUAUCAUGGCCUUGCAAAGAACACUAACUCGCGAACUCAGCUACGGUAUCUUGUCGCCCGCUUCUCGCGACCCUCUUUUACCCUCUCAUGUCACCGCAGGCCCUUUUUCGAGGUUUGAGCUGGCCUGGGAGGAUCCUGCUGAGUCUUACCAUUUACCGUUGACCUGGGUCCGGGCUGCGAUCCUGCUGCGCAUGAAUUCGCUAAUCAAGGGCCAUUCGGGGAUUCGUCCAGUGAUUUUUGAACGCUUGCACGCGCUUCUCACGCACAAUAUCAUUCCCAUGGUCCCGAUCCGCGGUAGCAUAUCAGCUUCGGGUGAUCUGAGCCCUCUCGCCUAUAUUAGCGGGGCUAUACAAGGCAAAGGGACCAUCCGGGUUCUCUCACCAGAUCAAAAGCAAGAUUUAUAUGCUGAUGAAGCCUUAGCAAAAGCAGGGUUGCCGCCUGUGUCUCUCACGGCAAAGGAGGGUCUUGCGAUAGUCAACGGAACUGCUAUUUCUACGGCGGCGGCUAGUUUGGUCCUUCAUGACAUGCACCAACUAGCCCUACUGUCACAAAUCUUGACGGCAAUGUCUGUGGAAGCCCUCCUAGGAUCACCCGAGAGCUUCGACGAGCUCUUUGGUCAAGUACGCCCGCAUCCAGGACAGAUUGAGAGCGCCAGAAAUAUUAAUGCAUUCCUUAGAGGUUCCAAACUGGCGGGAAUCAAAGACGGCAAGGACGGCACACUGCGGCAGGACAGAUACUCCAUUCGCACCGCGGCUCAAUGGAUUGGCCCAGUCUUAGAGGACCUUCUCCUGGCCCACCAGCAGAUUACUAUUGAGUGUAACUCAGUCACCGACAACCCCCUCAUUGAUAACGACGGCAAAGUUGUCCACGGGGGUAAUUUUCAGGCAAAGGCCGUUACCUCUGCCAUGGAGAAGUGCCGUCAAGGGAUCCAAAGCAUUGGACGCAUGAUAUUCACGCAGUGUCGGGAGUUGAUCAAUCCAGCCACUAGCUGGGGACUGCCACCGAAUCUUGUAGCCGAGGACCCUAGCAAGUCGGGAAUUUUCAAGGCGAUUGAUAUUUAUAUUUCCGCCCUCACUUCAGAGUUAGGAUUUCUCGCUGCCCCUGUCAACCAUGUUUACACCGCCGAAAUGGGCAAUCAAUCCUUGAAUUCCCUCGCCCUGAUCUCCGCUCGCUACACCGCCACUGCUGCAAAGAUAUUAACAGAGUUGGCCGCUGCACAUAUCCUUUCUGCAUGCCAGGCUCUCGACCUACGCGCUAUGCACCUACUCUUCCUAGAUAGUGUACAAGCCCGGUUCAAUAUGUUAGUCAGCACCCUAGAAGCAAAUCUCAAUCUUCAACCAAAGGAAUCACCCCUCCUAACAAUCUUGUGGGCCCAUGUUGAAAGAAGCCUUGAACAAACAGUAGCAAUAGACACCGAAGAACGGUUCGUCCAAGUUGCUAAAUCAUUGCGUGUCCCGAUUAUCGACUACCUCACUAGCCCACUGGAAUCCUCGGCGCUAGAAGAAAUGGAGUCUCUGAUCAUGAAGCUUACCGUCCUGCUCCAGGAAGGAUGGGUCUCCAAUCGUGAUGUCUAUUUGGACCACGGGGAUGCUAGCACGAUAUUAGGAACGGCUUCGAGGCAGGAUCGUGACGCCUGUCUCUGA